AUGUCUAUCGUCUCGCUCCUCGGCGUCGAGGUCAAGAACAACCCAGCAACGUUCGACGCACCGUACGAGUUUCUGAUCACCUUUGAGUGCCACGAAUCGCUGCAGAAAGACCUCGAGUGGAAACUGACCUAUGUCGGCUCCGCAACAUCCAACGAGCAUGACCAGGAGCUUGACUCCGUCCUUGUCGGCCCCAUCCCCGUGGGUGUGAACAAAUUCGAGUUCCGCGCCGACCCUCCAGACCUAUCGCGCAUUCCCAACAACGAGAUCAUUGGCGUCACCGUCAUUCUCCUCAGCUGCAGCUACGACGACCGCGAAUUCGUGCGUGUUGGAUACUACGUGAACAACGAAUACACAGAUGAGGCCCUGCAGCUCGAGCCGCCGGCAAAGCCCAUAAUCGAGAAGGUGCGGAGGAACAUCUUGGCCGAGAAGCCUCGAGUGACCCGCUUCGCGAUCAAAUGGGAUUCCGAGGAGCAGGCUCCACCUGAGUUCCCCCCCGACCAGCCCGAGGCCGAUCUCAAUGCGGACGGUGACCAGUACGGCAUCGAAGAGGAGGAGGAGGAAGAGGAAGAGGAAGGUGAGGGUGCCGCUCCUGCCGAGGGCGAAGAUGCUGCCAUGGCCGGAGCAGACGACACUGCUGGCCCCGCUGCAGACGACGAUGCUGCCUCGGAGGCUGGCAGCGAAGACAUCGAGGAGAGUGAGGGGGAGGAUGAGGAAGAGGAGGAGCUUGAGGCAGAGGAGGGUGACGAUAUGGAGAUGGAUGAUGCUGCCCCUGCGAACGGCGACCAGAGCCACCCUAAGCAGCCCGCUCAGCCAAACCCAGAUGUCAUGGUCCAUUAG